UGUCAAUUUCAUUUGUGAUUGAUCAUUUUCAUUCUCAAAAACCAAGAUGAAGCUUAAAUUGCUGCUCACGUGGCUAGUGCUGGCGCUGCCCGGGAUCCUGGCGCAAGGCGACUUCGCGGCGCUAGAUCCGGAGGUUGCUGCCGUUGCGGAAGACCCACAAUUUGAUCCGUACGACGACAAGCCGCGCGGAGUGGGAGCAGACGCGGAAUAUGCUCCAAAAGCUCGCACAGUAGACAGUUUCGACUUCGAUCCAUCCGAGGGUUUAACGUUCUACGUGGCGGGCGAGAGCAGCGAGUGUUUCUACCAAGACGCCAAGUUCGAGGGCGACGACUUGGGCGGUGCCUACGUCGUUAGCUCUGCAGACUCGCACAUUGAUUUGGAGGUGAAGAACCCCGAGGGCGUCACUAUCUACAGAAGACUAGGGGAUGCAGAGGGGCAAUAUAUCGUCACGCCCAAGCAAUCGGGUGUACACGAACUGUGCUUCAUUAAUCCGGACUCGGACGGGAAGCUGGUGACGCACGUGACAAACACGUUGCAAUCCCAGCAUCCAGUUGAGAAAGGUUGGUUGCUUGCAAGCUUUAGAGUUACUAGGCGUUGGUAUAAAUAAUUCGUGGGGUUGAUGUGUAGAGCAUGUGAGUGUGUUGGCCAAGUACGCGUCGCAUCUGGAUGUGCGUCUCGGUGAGCUCGAAUCGGAGCAGAGGUUGCAGCUUAUCCGGACCGACAGGCAUAUCAAGGUGGAAGAAGAGAUGAACAAACACGUCAUGUUCUACGGAGCGUUGGAGUGCGCCGUCUACCUCGUAGUCUGCUUCUUCCAAGUGUAUUACAUCAAGGGCUUACUGGACAGUCCCCGUAAGGCUCGGUCUUGGGUUUGAUUAACCAAAUUCACCAUAAAUGUCACUCAUGAGGAAUGCCCUUACUUGUCACCAAUGAUUAGCUCAGAUUUAAUAGACAUCACCUCAAAAUUAAGGUGUCUGUAAGGGUGCAUCCAGUGCUUUGAUAUACUCCAGGUCGGGUCGGUUGUCGUUUGGUCGGUAUCG